AUGGCGUGGGCAAAGCACCUUGGUGUACUAUUCUCCUUAAUAUCGCCAUACAUUACCACUGCUGCACCAACCGGUGCUCACGACAAUGCCCAAGGCCUGCGCGUCGAGACUUCAAGUGGUGAGCUUCAAGGUUUUAUCAAUGAAACCGCUCCCUCAGUCCGCCAGUUCCUUGGUGUUCCCUACGCAGAACCACCAGUAGGAAAGCUCAGAUUUGAAGCCCCUGUGUCUCCCAAACGCGGACAAACGGCCAUCAACGCCACGGCAUGGGCGCCUUCGUGCUACCAAUCACUGAGCUCGAAGCCGACAGUUUUCACCGAGGAAGUACCUCAGUUCCUCAUUAAUGGUGGCCAGUCGGAAGACUGUCUGUAUCUGAACAUAUGGGCGCCCAGGGUGGAAAAUAUCCCAGAGGGAGAAAAAUUACCAGUUUUCGUCUAUAUCCCGGGCGGUGGCUUUACAUCCGGCGGCGCGGAUUCAAUGUACAAGAUUCCUGAUAAGUGGAUUCAACGCACGCAGUCUCAUAUUGUGGUUGUGUUGAACUAUCGAGUCAACCUAUUUGGCUACCCGAACGCCCCAGGAUUGAAGAGUCCCAACGUCGGUCUCUUAGAUCAACGAGCAGCAGUUGAAUGGACAUACAAAAACAUUGCCGCUUUCGGCGGUGAUCCUUCUCGGAUUACACUCUGGGGUCAAUCAGCCGGCGCUGCGAGCGUUAGUGCCUACGGAUAUGCAUGGCCAGAAGAUCCCAUUGUGACCGGGCUUAUCUCAGAUUCUGGGGUUGCCUCGUUGCUCUACAGCGAGGACUUUGAACAUAGCAAUUUCACCGCUCUUGCGAACCUCGUUGGAUACGAGAGCACAAAACACAAAGACGUUGUUGAAUACAUGCGCCAGAUUCCCGCAAAGACGCUGCAAAAUGCCAUGUAUCAAACUUCUCUCAAUCCCAGCUUGGCACAGUACAAGUUUAUUCCUCUCGCCGACAACGUGACGUUUUUCAACGAUUUAACAGACAGAGCGGACAAGGGCCUGUUGGCCGAAAUUGUAAGUGGACUUCAAUCUUAA